AUGUCUUCACAGCUAGUAGAAAUAUUUCAAAAAUGUUGUUUGCACUUACAGCUUUUACACUAUCUAAGGAAUAUCCACUUUAAAAAUAAGGAUGGACAGGAGGUGUUUUUUGAUGCGAAUGGUGAUGGUCCCCUGCAUUUUGAUGUAUUAAAUUGGCAGCUGAACUCUGAGGGUGCCAGAAGGCUUGUAAACGUUGGAAGAUAUGAGCCACAUCAACACCAGGACCAAGAACUCGUCAUCAAUGACAGCGCCAUCCUGUGGAGUGGAGGCUACACCCAGGUACCCCGAUCCGUAUGCAGUGACAGCUGUCCUUUGGGUUACAGAAAAUCAUCACGUCAAGGACAACCUCUCUGCUGUUAUGACUGUGUCCUGUGCUCUGUGGGAGAAAUUUCCAACCAAACUGAUACUGCAGAUUGUUUCAGAUGUCCAGAGGACUACUGGUCUAAUGAGAGACGAGACACUUGCAUUCCAAAAGUCAUCGAGUUUCUCUCCUUUGGGGAUACAAUGGGGUGCACCUUGGCUUGUGUGGCUGUUAUUUUGUCACUUAUUCCUCUUUUCAUUCUGUGGAUCUUCAUAAAGAACAGGGAGACUCCAAUUGUGAAAGCAAAUAACCGUGACCUCAGCUAUUUUCUUCUUGUGUCCCUCAACUUAUGCUUCCUCUGUUCCUUAAUAUUUAUUGGACAGCCAAACAAUAUGAGUUGUAUUGUGCGUCAAAUUGCAUUUGGCUUAUUUUUCUCCAUUUCUGUUUCUUCUGUUCUUGCAAAGACUAUCAUUGUGGUUAUUGCUUUUAAUGCAACAAAACCUGGAAGCAAUUUAAGGAAGUGGGUAGGUUCUAAGACUGCAUGUCUCAUUAUUGUAUGUGGGUCACUGAUUCAAGUUAUCAUCUGUACUGUUUGGAUUACUUACUUUCCACCAUUCCCACAAUUUAAUAGUGACUCCAGCAAAGAGAAAAUUAUAAUCGAAUGUAAUGAAAACUCACUGCCUAUGUUCUAUUGCAUGCUUGGAUAUCUUGGACUUCUGGCAACCAUGAGUCUCAUAGUGGCAUUUCUAGCCAGAAAGUUACCUGAUAGUUUUAAUGAGGCUAAAUUCAUCACUUUUAGUAUGUUAGUGUUUGUCAGUGUUUGGUUAUCUUUCAUACCAGCCUACAUGAGCACAAAAGGGAAAUUUGUAGUUGUAGUGGAGAUAUUUGCAAUUCUGUCAUCAACAGCAGGGUCACUCAGUUGUAUAUUCUUACCAAAGUGUUACAUUAUAAUUUUGAGACCUCAUAUGAAUACAAAAUACUAUCUUAGGAAAAAGGACUCAGGUAAUAGAUAA